ACGGUGACGUCGUGGGGUGGGGGAAGAGGAAAGAGGAGGGGUGAUCUAACAAACAGCUGCUGCAGCUGCAAAAGGAGAGAAAGAGAAAGAUCAGGAGCAGCAGCAGUGACCUGGCCCCCGAAACAGCUUUACCAUGAACACCUACCUCUUUGUGUACGACUUAAUGCAGUUCUGUGGACAUUCCUGGAUAUUUACCAAUAUGAUCAUCAGGUUCAUGUCAUUUGGCAAAGAUUCGUUGGCAGACACAUUUUACUCCAUAGGACUUGUGAUGCGCCUUUGCCAGCUGUUAUCAGUACUGGAGAUCCUACAUAUCCUUGCUGGCAUUGAUAAAAGCCGUCUCUUCCCUCGUUUUUUGCAGAUCGCUGAGAGAAUAAUUGUAUUAUUUGUCGUCAUCAAUAGUCAGGAAGAAGUUCAAGGGAAAUAUAUUGUGUGUGUUUUAUUUUUCCUCUGGAAUUUAUUAGAUGUGGUCAGAUACACUUACAACAUGCUAGCAAGGAUGGGAAUAUACUACCUACCACUGACAUGGCUCAACUUCUCACUGUGCAUCCUGCUCUACCCCCUCUCAGUGCUGGCUAAAGCAUUUGCAAUCUGUGUAUCACUGCCCUAUUUUGAAUCCUUUGGCACAUACUCCAUCAAGCUGCCUUUUCCAUUCGCCUUCUCCAUCUACUUUCCCUAUGUUCUGAAAGUGUACUUGCUAGUGCUGUUCAUAGGUAUGUACUUCAUCAUCCAGAACCUCUUCUCAGAAAGAAAAGCUCACCUAGGGACAAGCAACAUCAAAAAGAAGCGAAGCUAAGUUGAUAUUUUGUUUGGAAAUAAGGAAUAUAUUCUCAGUGGGCUGCAGCCCAUCACAUGUAAAUACAUUAGACAAAGAUUCUAAAGGCACAGCUCUUGUUUGUAUGCACCUGAUCUGGCUGUGUGGAAUUUUCAGAAAAUGGAAGUCUCUUUAAGACAUCUCAAAAUGGAGCAGCUCAGAAUCACUAAUCACCUUUGAAAGUGUUGACGUCAGUUUUUAAAGUAAAUGUAUUUUUUCUAACCUAUAUUAGAGAACUCUGAAAAACAAAAAAUCUGAAAAAGUGCCCCCACCCUCAAUUACACUAACAAUUUUUAUUUUGGUUUUAAUUCUUGCUUCAUCAGCAACAGCUGUUCUAUAGUGGCAAUACUAUUUAAUUUAUAAGAUUAUUUUGUGCUAGGCAAACAUGUAUGUGAAUUGGAUAUGUAAACAUUAACUGGGCUAAAACUUGAAUCUCUUACAAGCAGAAGCUGGAAACUUCACAAUUUGUGAGGUUCAAAUGCAAAUUAGCCCCAUGCAUUCACAACAGAUCUAAAACAUUCUGGCCCAGUGUUCCCUUCUCCAAACAAGAUUCUAGAAAAAAAUGCAACUAAAACAUGAAAGCAAGUGAACAAGUGCUCAUCCACUACGUAUCCAAGGUAGGAUAUUUAAGGGGCAAAAUAAAAAUUAUAAUCAUGCCUGCAGCAGACAAUAAGAAUUGCUUCCCCACAAGUUUUCUCCAUGCUGAACAGAAGACAGGUAAACAGAAGCAGCAUGAUGUAGUCAGGCCAAGAUAUAUAUUGUCUUUAAAAUGGAGUUAAUGACUAUUGAAAGCUACGUGCAAACUUCUGGUCACUUUAUUCACAUGACUUGCCCCUGGGUUAUUAUCUGCAAGGGGAAUGCAACGAGAAUGCAGCCUCUUUGAGACAGAGAAUCAAGAGCAGAGACAGCAGCCCAGUGGAUUUUGUCCAGAAGAAAAUGGACUACAUGGUUUGCACAAAGAACUGCUUAGAGGUAUGCAGGAACUCAUCCCAUGUUUCAUCUACAUUGUUUAUCAUAUGCAUAUGGACUUGAAUUUAAAGCAGGGGGAAUUGAGGCUGUUCAUUUGAGCUUGACUGAAAAGUGGACUGGGGAGAGGGAAUAUACUUGUUAAUGUGAUUGUGUUCAUUUUCCUUUAUGAAGAAGCUUUUGCUUGUACAGCUUUCUCAAGCAGGAAGCUAAAAGGGUGUUCAGAUUGUUGUAAGAAGCAGUGAGGUUGUUACGAAAGAUCCCAUAUUACUACUUUUAUUUAACAUACCUGGUGGCAUUGUGCCUGCAAACUGUUAUGGCCACCAAAGUAUUUAGGAACCAUAAACAGGGUCACUGCAUGCAACAGUAUAGGGGCAACCUUGGAUUUUUUGAAAGUAGCUCAGAGGCAGGUAGGAAUAUGGAUAUUCUUAGAGAAACAAGUACUUCCACUUUGGACUUGUAAUUCAAAAUGAUUUACUGGUGACAGUGUGGAUGAAGAAAAGCAUAAAGAAGCUGAAUAGGAUGCCAGCUUCACAGAAGAGAGCCAGAACAAAAGAAGUACAUGAUCAAACCAUUGUGAACUGGUGGAAAGACGGAAGGUGGAAGACGGACAUUUUUCCCCUUCGGCAGUUCAAUCUAAUUUGUUGUAAGAUUCUGUGUAGUUAAGAUACCCUGGAUGAGGAAACACAACAUCUGAUAUCAACGACUGGUUUUUUUUUUAAAUAUAUACACUUAAAACAAUAAAGAUUCAGGAUGGGGUGCUC